AUGACACCAUAUUGCAUGCUCAAGAGGAGCUCCGUCUCCGGGAAUCUCGUUCGAGCAAAGCCCCCACAAGCUAGCUCACAAGGCAUCACAGCUGAGCAUGACCAACAAGAACGCAAGGUUAGCCUCUGGCUCGAAGGCAUUCCAAAAGACGCGCUCACCCCAUUCAUUCCACCUCACCCCGUUCAUCCCUACGCUACAUUCCCCGCCAUUGACGUCCUCAAUUUCGCACUCUCAAAGAGCUAUCACCCUCGCGGAAUUCACGAAAAUCCUAAAGGAACUCUCCCCGAGAACAUCGCACCAACUGUAUACGCUACUAUUCAGCGAUACAAAGUCUUGCAGCAGCCACAUAUUGCGGCAAAGUUCACAGAGGAGCGCAUCGCUAUCAAGCUUUGCGUAGGACUAGGGAAGAUUUCCUUCAAGGGGAUCAAUAAGGAGCAGGAGCGCGUAGGAAAGGAGAUAGUAAAAUACGCAAUCGGCUUUAUAUACGAGAACUAUAUCGUGGACUUCUAUCGUCCGGCGCAGAGACAGCUAACAGUCAUCUGCACCGCGUAUUUCAUCUAUCAACCUCUCGUCACCAAUUGGCAACAAGUACUCUACCACUACACGGUACAAGUACACGGCUACACCACCUACUCGGCACCAUUCCGGCUCAUCCCUGAUCUUGAGAAAGAGCGAGAAUAUUGGCACUACCGAGCUGAAGCUCUACGAGAGGAGUUAGAAGAAGAAGGACUCAUCGAGGAGAACCCCGAGCCCUUCUAA